GGUUAGUUUCCAACGCAUCACCUGGAGCAAGUCGCGAGUUUAUUGCGAUUGACUUCUUCCAUUUUUCAGGUUUUACUUCAAUUAGGAACCUAAAACUCCUCUUGAUUAACGAUUUUUUUCCUAUAAUCCCGCCCCUUUUUGUGAAGCUCAUAAUUAGUAAUUUUCUAAUUAUUUCCAAGAAAAUCUUCCUAUAUAAACAGGAUUCAAUUCCCUUUACUUUCAUUCAUCCUUAACAUCCAAAACAACAAUAAAGAGGAGAAUAAAGAAUAAACACAGGGGAAAAAGAAAUAAAGAAAUAAAAAAAAAAGAAUAAGAACAUGAAGCCUUCCGGUACUCUGAUGGAAACCUUUCCGGCAAUGUUCCUUCUCCUUUUGGUUGCAUCUUUCAAUAUGGUUGGAGCCCAACGUGGUGCGGGUCAACCCGGUAUGCCUGCCACGGGUCCUGCCGGUGGUGUGAUUGACGUCACAAAAUACGGUGCCGUCGGAGAUGAGAAGACAGAUAUGUCAGCGGCGUUAGUGAAAGCUUGGGCCGAUGCUUGCGCGUCAACCACUCCGGCCACAAUCGUUGUUCCGACGGGGACAUUCUUAUGCGGGAGGACAGACUUGAAAGGCCCAUGCAAGGCUCCGGAAAUCACAUUCCAAGUUCAGGGAACCAUCAGUGCCCCCGCCGACAUCUCCGGCGACACGUGGUUCCUCUUCGACAACGUCAACAACUUGAACAUCAACGGCGGCGGUACUUUCGACGGGAAAGGACCCGCCGUAUGGCAAACCAAGAAGUCCGUUGCUGUGACGUUACGGUUCAACUACGUGAGCAACGCAUUCGUCCAAGGGAUAACGAGCAAGGACAGCAAGAACUUCCACUUCAUCAUCAUCGGAGGCAAGAACCUGACGUUCAGCCAGAUCACCAUCACCGCCGCGGGAGACAGCCCCAACACCGAUGGAAUCCACAUGGGGAGAGCUUCUCAAAUCUCGAUCCUCGACUCCAACAUCGGAACGGGCGACGAUUGCAUCUCCGUCGGAGAUGGAAUCUCGGACCUGACGGUGACGAACGUGACGUGCGGGCCCGGCCACGGUAUCGCCAUCGGCAGCCUUGGGAUGUACCCGAAUGAGUCGCCGGUCAAAGGAAUCCACGUCAAGAACUGCACUUUGACCAACACCCUCAACGGUUUGAGGAUCAAAUCCUGGCCCGAUAGGGAGGUUUGUGAUGCCUCCGAUAUCCAUUUCGAUGACAUCAUCAUGAACAACGUCUCUUUCCCUAUCAUCGUCGAUCAAGAUUAUUGCCCUUGGAAUACAUGCAAGAACACGGGGCCAUCGAAAGUUUCGCUUUCGGAUAUCAGUUUUACCAACAUUGUGGGGACUUCAGGAACUCCAGAGAUUGUUCACUUGAAUUGCAGCAGCCUCCAUCCAUGCCAGAAUGUGCAGCUAUCUAACAUCGACGUCAAGUCAACCGCUGGACCGGCGACAUCAGUGUGCUGCAACGUGAAGCCGACCAUUUCAGGAUCCAUCCCACCAGGAUGCUAAAUUUCUAUAAUUUUGCACCAAUUUUGUAAUGUUAUUUUUUAUAAUAUUUCUUAUGAGCUGUGUAGUUCUUGAGCUACACAUACCUAUACGAUUAUAUUUAUAAUUAUGUCGGCCUAGCCAAUUAUUAUAUGUGACCCAAUAAACAAAUUAAUAGAAAAGGGUCCACCCGAUUUUGUCAACUGCUGUAUAUGUAUUGAGUUAUUGGUGAGUCAGUAAUUUAUUGUUCUCACUUCCCAGCUUAUAAUUCAUCACCAGUGUGUGGAGCAACUAGCGAGAUUUGUAACAUCGACUUCUUUGAAUACUGAAACCCUAACGGAAGUUAUUAUACCAUAAAAAGUGAAGGUAGGAUAUUUUUUAAUAAAAUCGUAAUCUAAUCCUUAUUCAAUUAUUUUAUACCGCUAAAAUUCCCUAUUAUAUGGAGUUUGGUAUCCGGUAUUUUCGACCGAACCGACUGGUAUAGUAGAGUUUCUCAAACCAUGUCCAAUACAAGUGUUAAUUCAUUUAGCAACCAAUUGUGCAGUAAAUUAAUUGAAGAUGCAGUUGACGUUUUUCCUUUACGUUAUCCUAUUAUUAGCUCAUAUUUGAUAUGUUUCUCCAACUUAACACCAUUCUUCCCCAAUAAUGGAAAAUUACUAUCCGUUAUUCGAAAACAAUAUAAAAAAAAUCCUUCCGGUAGUAAAUUUAAUUAUUUUUAGGGGAUAAUAAAUUUCUGGAUGCGCCAAUGGUGACUUGCAAUUACCGUAACUUGCACUUUUCGGUCGACCUAUGUCUACACGCGGCCGACCAAAUUCAACACCGUGGUCACUCUGCUGAAACCUCAAGGUCGAUCUUAAAUAACAUAGUGGUCGACCGUGUUUAGUUAGUCGAUACCUUAGUGGUCAACCUCAAUAAAUUUUCGAUCGACCUUUCAAUUUACUAAUUUAGUCAGGAGAAAAAUGGUGGACCAUAAAGUACUGAAAUGGCCGACCAUAUACAAGAAGAGGUCGAGCAGAUACAAGACUAAAGUACUAUCUAUUCAUCCAUUCCCUAUGACGUGAAACGUAGAUCAAAAUUCUUGGUUCUUGGUUUCGCGGUCGACCACAUACAGUAAAAGGUCAAUCUCGUAUAGGAAAAUCAACGUAUAACCUUCGACUUUUUUGCUUAUGUAUGUCGAUGUGUGUGUUAGUUUGCUCGUACAAAUUACGUUUGAAACCAACAAAAUCAGUACUCAAUCAUGAUAUUAAGAAACCAUAACUUCAUAACAUAACAUCUCGACAUACUAACAAGAAAUACAAUAAAACACAACUCAUAAUUGUUCACACAUACCUAAAAUUAAAAACCACAUAACAUCAAUCGACGAUCAUAGUUGUUUCAAACCAAAUGGUCUUUAAGACAAAACAACAAAAGAACACAAUCUAAAAUCAUGGAGUUCCUACAUCUCUCCCCUCUCUCACUCAUCCGCAUUUUCCUCAUUGGUGGUGCUCGUAUUAUGGUAGUCGGAUGUGGGGAGAUGCAUGUAUCUUCCGCUGAAAGAGCGAAACUCGCCUCGCAUCUCUGUUACAGUAAGCUUUAGUGUGCUCAUUUGGGUGCUCAUCUUCCCCAUGUAAUCGUACAUGUCAGUCAUCUGGGUGGACAUCUGUCACAUGUAUCGUACAUGCCAAUGUGUUGUGGACUAAUUGCAAAAUUUGACCUAAUUUUCUUUAUUCAUAUGGUUAUUUGUUCUAAUUUAAAGCACUCAUAUGUACUUUAAUGGUUUUGCGCAUGACUUGGGUUUGAAUUGGUUCCUAUUUGGGUCAAUUCAUCAUUUGGAGUUAAACUCAUAUGGAUCUAAUUGGAUCUAGAUGAUUGUAUACAUAAAAAAUAAUAUCAACCAUUUCAUUAAUUGGAACUUAGCCCCAACAGUUUAAAGUGUGGCCUCUAUAAGUGUUAAUCCGCUUUUCGCCACUGCCUGCCAUGCCAGCAUUCGAAAAUCCCUCUGGAGAUUACGGAUAAAAAAAGAAAACUCCU